UGCGCAGUGCAAUCUAUGGCGGCGUGAAAAGCUAUAGUUGACGGAGGGUUGUUUGUUUUUAGUGAAUGUAGAUAAUCUUUCUUCAGCAAUAGCAUCUUCAAAAUAAGUUCACUACGCAUACUAUGAAGUUCAAUGUUUUCUGAACAUCUAUUGAAGAAAUUGUGUUGUUAUAUUAGGUGGACAGGAUGCAUCAAGAACUGGGACCAUCCAGGACAAGGACUAGCUGUUACUUAUGAUUUCACAGACAAGAAGGAGAGAAGUAUUAUCUCAAGAAUGAGUGCUUCAGAAAAUACCAAAUGUACCUGCUGUUCCCAUUGUUCAGCUGUCCAACUGAGUGUCCAUCAGACUCUAGAUGAAAUGGAAUUUGAAAGAGGUAUUUGGUCAGCAGCUAUGAAUGGAGAGUUGGAUAGAGUAAAAGGUUUUCUUGAUAAAGGAACCAACCCAUGUAUUGUGGACAAGUUUGGUUACACAGCAUUGCAUUAUGCAAGUCGUAGUGGCAGCCUUUCUGUUUGCCGUAUCCUUCUGCAACAUGGUGCAUGUGUCAAUGCCCAGACUAGGGGAGGAGCCACGUCCCUUCACCGUGCUGCCUAUUGUGGUCAUGGGGAUGUAGUGGCACUUUUGUUGUCAAGUGGAGCAGAUCCAAAGAUUUCUGAUGAUGACGGUGCCACUCCUUUACACAAGGCUGCAAGAUGUGGACAUGUAGAGAUAUGUAAAGUACUUGUCAAAAACUGUCCUUCUCUCAAGAAUCUCCAGGAUAAGAAUUGUAGAAUCCCAGCUGGCCUAGUCCAAAACAACAUUGAACUCAUGGACCUUCUUAUGGUGCCAGAGACUGUUGACUGCUGAUAUUUCUGUUUGGCACCAGAGGAGUAAGCAAUCACAUUUGAAUUGUUUUGAUAAUUUCCCUUUAAAGUAAGCAUCAUCUGGAUAACAUUUUUACACCCUUUUGAAGGUGAAUGCUUGCGUGUAAGCAUAACAGCACAUUGCAGCGUAAUUUGUCAAGGUUUCAUAUGACCACUAGGUGCCAGCAAAUCAUUUCAUUUAAUCUCUGCUAAGCAGCAAUACUUGUUUUCUUUUUAAAUGCUGGUAGAUGGUAAACAUCGUUUUCUCUUUCAUGGUGCCCUUAGGGAACAUUGGUGUACUUUCAGAAUUCAACUCAAAAAUUAAAAUUGCUUUUUCUCAACCAUU